AUGCAUGUUUGUUCAUCACCAUUGCUUGUUCUUGACAUGUGUUGUUAUGCAUUUUGUAGGAUGAGUUUCAGUGUGCUUGUUCAUCACCAUGGGGUUUUCGCCAGGGAGCCACACUGGCAUUACAAAGAUGUCAAAAUCACUAAGGUUGGUGUUGAUAAGGAUAGGUGGGGUUAUUUCGAGUGCCUUGAUACCGUGAAGGACUUGGGGUACACAAGAGGGAAGUUCAAAAUUUGGUGGAGGACACGCGAUGAUAUUAUUGCUCACAACUUCAGGCCUGUAUUGACUGACAAAGAUGCCAUGGACCUUGCAACAUUUGCUAUCAAAAACAUGGGUGGUUCUGUGCAUUUGUUUGUGGAGCAUACUGCUGAUGAACUGCCCUCUAGUCCAAUGGAAUUGCUGAGGUUCCUUGAUGGUAGAACUCCUCAUCUUGCCUAUGCACCAACAUCAACUAAGUCUACAAGUAUGCCUUUGAAGCCUCCUUCUAAGUGUGCUGCAGCAGCAGCUAAGGCUACAACAUCAAAUAAGCCUUUUAAGCUUCCUUCUAAGGCUCCAUCCAAGCCUAGUCCUUCAUUAUGGGCUCCAUCCAAGCUUACUCCUUCUAGCAGGCCUCCAUCCAAGGCUACUCUUUCAAUGAGUUCAACUGGAAAGAGGCCUGCUCCUUCAAAGGUUGCUUCAUCUGCAAAGAAACCUGCUACUUCCAAGGCUACUCCUUUAUUCAUGGCUCCAUCAAAGGCUAAGGCUACUCUUUCAUUCAUGGCUUCAUCUGGAAAAAUGCCUGCUCCUUCAAAGGAUGUUUCACAUGCAAAGAAACCUGCUCCACCCAAGCCUACCAGAAGGUCAUAUAGGAUUAUGUGCACUGUUCCAAAGACAAAGCAGAAGAGGCUUCCUGUUUUAUUGGAAUUGUCUAGUGAUGAAGAGGAUCAACCAGAAGUACAAGAAGAGGUGCUAACACAACUGGAUAAUGAUAUUGCUUAUGAUGGAGAGGGUGAGGCAGAGAACCAGGAUGAAAUUGAUGCAGAUGUGGAGGUUGAAGAAGUUGUACCUGUACUUGAACCAGAAUUACAACCUCAAGUUCAGGCAAAUGUGGAGGUUGAAGGCCCUGAAGUUGAGGUUCCAGUUAAUGAUGUGCAAGAAGAGGUGAUGAAUGAGGGGAAUAAUGAUGUUCAAGAAGAGGUGAUGAAUGAAGGGCAUAAUGAUGUGCAAGAAGAAGUGAUGAAUGAGGAGAAUAAUGAAAAUACACUUGAUGGAGAUCCUACUUCAGGUAGUGAUGAUUCUGAACUUGAUGUGCACUUCAGUGACAGUGAAGAGGAGAGGACACAAGGUAUUGAUGAUGGAUUUCAAUCAAACACUGUUGGUGUGGCUGAAGCACUUUUGAAUGAGCAGUUGAGGAAAAUGACUGAUGAGGAUUCUAAUGUGCAUGUUGUACAGAAUGUGGAUGAGGAAAUUGGUGGAUUUCAUGGUGAUCAUGACAUGGAAGCUGGUUGGGAGAGUGAGGAAUUAAAUAGCAUGUCAGAAGGUGACAGUGAUGAUUCUAAUGAACCUGAUAGGAGACAUCUGCAGUUCAGACCUGAAGAUAUGAGGCCAGAGUUCAAAUUCAGGGUGGGAAUGGAAUUCACUUCAUUGUAG